CGCUCCGCCAUCUCUGACUGGUAGCUCAAAUCUGUACUGCAUGGGCAAAAGGUGGGCAAAAUGUCCCAGAAAAACAAGCUUCAUCAUUGUUUGCUAUGCAUCCUCUCUCGUAAUUUUUAUUUGAUCUGAUUAAUGAUUAAUGGAGGACACUGCUGUUCAGCAGUAAUUAAUAGAGCAAGGAGCAGUCCAGAUCAGAUGAACAUAGUGGAUCCUUUGUAAUGUACUAAUAAAGCCAAAGGAAAAUGAAGCCCACCCUCUCUGUGUGUUUGUUACUGACUGGACUUCAAGCAAUCAGUCAUUGUCAUCGUCAGCCUGAUCAUCGCAAUGACUGGGGUGGUCAUAAAAAUGCAUCCACCAGGGAACAAAAUUGCCCCAUUGAAGGAGUUUAUCCAUGUGAAAGCAAGGUCUACUUCAAACUGGUGCCCAGCAAUAUUGACUUCGCAUUUAGAUUUUACAAGCAAGUAAUAUCAGAGGCAGCUGACAAAAAUAUUUUCUUCUCUCCCAUAAGCAUCUCUACUGCCUUUUCAAUGCUGGCACUUGGGGCUAAAUCAGCUACUCUGAAUCAGAUUCACAAAGGACUCACCUUUGACCUGAACAAGACUCAGGAAAAGGAAAUACAUGAAGGCUUUUGCCAUCUCAUCUGUGCGCUAAACCGUCCAGACAGGAAGAUCCAGCUGAAUAUGGGCAAUGCCCUUUUCCUAGAAGAGACACUGAAACCACAGAAAAAGUUUUUAGAAGAUGUUAAAAACUUUUAUAAAUCAGAAGUUUUUUCUAGUGACUUUAACAAUUCUACCAAUGCUGUGAAACAGAUCAACAAUUACAUUGAGAAGAAAACCCAUGGGGAAAUUGUUGAUUUAGUCCAGGAUCUUGAUCCACUCACUGUAAUGAUUCUUAUUAACUAUGUUUUCUUUAAAGCCCAUUGGGAAAACCCCUUUAAUUCUUUUUACACAAAAGAAGAGGAUUUUUUUGUGGAUGGGAAAACCUCUGUUAAAGUUAAUAUGAUGUACCGCAAAGGCAGUUACAAACAUCACUAUGAUAAGGAACUGUCUUGCUGGCUGGUGCAAAUACCUUACAGUGGAAAUGCUGUAGCAUUGUUUAUUCUGCCUGAUGAAGAAAAAAUGAAGGAAGUGGAAAAAGCUCUCUUGAAAAAAACUUUGUCUAAAUGGAAAAAGGCCUUCAAAGAAAGAACAAUAUAUCUGCACAUUCCAAAAUUUUCUGUUUCUGAUACCUGUGACAUAAAAGAAGUAUUCCAGAAAAUGGGUGUGACUGAUGUGUUCACUGACCAAGCUGAUCUAUCUGGAAUCACUGAAAAGUCUCAACUAAAGGUUUCAAAAGUUAUUCACAAGGCUGUAUUGAACAUUCAUGAGAAUGGCACUGAGGCUGCAGGAGUCUCUGUCGUGGAGAUUACAUGGAGGUCUGGUCAAAUUUUUGCUCCUCCUCGAAUUAAAUUCAACAGGCCCUUCUUGGUUAUGAUUUUUGAUAGGCAUACCCGCAGCAUCCUCUUCCUGGGGAAAAUCAUAAAUCCUAGCAGAAAAUAAUUGCUCAGCUGCUGGACAUGUUUGUAAUGCUUCCACGUAGUCCUGGCAAAAUGCAGGUGAUUCAGCAAAGGACGUGCACAGUGCUAGGGACUAUAUUUAGACCAUUAACGUACAUUCCUAAACUCAUAAAACAUUAAUGUAACAUUUCCUUGCCUAUAAACAGCUGGUAUUUCUUCCUUGCUGUGUACAGCUUACAUCAUAACAAAUCGCCAAUAAUCUAAAUAUGUCUGAUUUCACCUUUCCCCUGUUUUGUAAGUAGUCCUUACUGAAAGGCUCCUGUGGGGGCUUUGUUUAAGAUAC